GAAAGUGGAGAUUUCCAGCGAUCAGGGCGAAGUAACACUGUCUGUUAAUGGUGCUCGUGUUUGUACCCCAUCAUAGUCGAAACUGCGACGAUGGAUGUCGAAGCACAUCGGAAUUUGCAUGACGGGGAAGCCGGGGAUUGCCGGAGUUUUGGUAGUAACAUAUAUCCAUAUAGCCAAUCAAGGAAAGUCUCCAUAGGAGUAAUGGUAAACUCGGGGGCUACAGCAAGACAUGAAGCCAUGACAGGAAAUGAGGUUAACAUGACCAAUAUGGAGAAGGUAAUCUCUAACGUAGGAAAUUUCGCUGGUGAAAAAGGCAAGGCUGAAGGAGCGAGGGCCUGCCCUAGCAUGAAGCCAAUUGGUCCAGAAGAGGUGAAGUUUGCUCGAAUCACUAAAUCCUUUUGCCAAAGAACACCCAAUUCUGAGACCGUUCUUCAAGCAAACCAAACCUCUAAUUUACUAGUCUUUACUAGGAGACAGGACAAACCUGAUGGGGAUGAUACUUUAAUUUUUCAUCGCAAUGAUCUUAACCAGAAAAACUUGAUGGAACAACCAGCAAACGAAAGGGAGGGAAGGAAGGAACCACUGGAAGGAUAG